UUGUUCAUGAUCAGAUCUAAAAAAUGUUUUCAGUUUCAUCUAAUGAAAGGCCAUUCAUAAAUACAAUUGUUGUAUAUUUCUCUGUAUUUGCUGUCUUAUACUAUAUAUUACUUAUGAUCUACCACACUUUUGGUAAUGUUAGGCAAUGGUUGAUGUUGCUAGAGAAGUUGGAGCUAACGUUGUUUCUCAUGGAUGCACAGGGAAGGGAAAUGACCAGGUUCGCUUUGAGCUUACUUUCUUUGCUCUGAAUCCUGAACUUAGUGUUGUUGCCCCCGGGAGAGAGUGGGACAUUAGGGGAAGAGAAGAUGCUAUUGAAUAUGCAAAGAAACAUAAUGUUCCUGUACCUGUGACAAAGAAGUCCAUCUAUAGUAGAGACAAGAAUCUUUGGCAUCUUAGUCAUGAGGAUCUUGGCAUAAAAGAGAUUGUCUAGUACUCACCUACAGUUAAAUACAUAAUUUCAUCAAAUGUAAAGAUGAGAUAAGAAAUUGCUACUAAUUGAAUAUUUUACCUUUUAAGAAGAAAUUGCGUAGCAAGGUAAAAGACGAUGUCAGAAAUAAUUUCUCAUUUGUAGAACUACCUAUUAUCUUUUAAUUUUUUUCAGAAAAAUUAUGAAUAAUGACAUCCCAUUUUUUGUGCCAUGAACCCAAUAAAUACCAUAUUGUGCCA